AUGGAAAAUUCAACAAGCCAAACCGGAGAGAUUCUCCAUUCACAAAGUGGUCGCACAGUCGUCCGAGUCGACAACAAUCUUGUUAUCAAGUCUGGUCACUUGCGCAACCAAGAGGUCGAAACACUCCAGUUCAUUGCAAAACACACAACCAUUCCCUACAUGAUAUUCGCUGGGAGGGUGAUCGUGUUGAAUCCUUUGCUAUGGAUUACAUGCCCGGGCAGCGACUUGACGACGCAUGGGAGACUUUGA